AUGAAAGGGAUAGCCAAAGAUGCUUACCCGGAAGUUGAUUUUCAGGGAUUUAAAGAAUUUGAGGAACACGAACGAAGAGCUGGUCAUUGCUAUUUUGAUGCUUCCCAAAACACCCAAACUACUUACACUAAUGGUCAAGAGACUGGAAAAACUGUUGAAAUUAAUAUUAAAUUAGGUAUCUCACUUAAUCAACAUUUUCUGUUAGAUAAAUUGGGUAUGGACAAGCUUUUUUCUAGUGAAAAUACUUAUAUUCUAACUGAGAAAGAAAGAAGCCAAUGUGAAAGCACCGGAGACAAAAAUAAGUAUCCAGAACUAGUAGCCGAACAUACUGCUUUGACCAGCGAAAUUAAAAGCCAAGAUUCAUCAGAAAAAAAUAAACAAACUGAUACAGAUAACUCAAAAAUCAUCCAAGAAAAAAAACAAGAAUUAGAGGGAAAGAAAGAACAACUAAAUGAACUUCUCAAAGAGGAAGAAGAAACAAAAAAAGAACUUGAAGAAAAAAUAAAGUUAGAAGCAGAACUUACCGGCAAAGUGAAAGAUGCCGAAGAAAAACUACAAUUUGGAGAACUAAUCAGUGUUCUUAACAGGGAAUCAAGCAAAGAUUUAACUAGCUUAGCAAAUGCUUAUCAAAAAGUAGUGAAAACUAGCCCACUUUAUACUAUUGCCAAGAAAUCUUUUGCCGAUAAUGACCAAUUUAAUAAAAAAAAUGCUAGCAAUAAUAAAGAAUAUUUAGAUAAUAUUUAUAAUGGUCUGCUUUAUUAUAUUAGUUGUAAAUUGUCUAAAUUAGAAACUACUUGCCCGAAAUGUAAGACUAAAAAAAAUGAAAUGAUGCCCGAAUAUCCAGAUGAUUGGGAAAGUAAAAAAAACGCACCCACUUAUUGUUCUUCUUGUAAUUCUCAACAAGAAAAAAGACUUUUUUGCUCUGAAUGUAAUGAGAAUUUAGUUAAAGAAAAUGGCUAUUUAUGUCAACAUAUAGGAAAAUAUUGA